AUGUCCCAGCAGAAGCCAAACAGAACGCUCCUCAACCGGAUAACUGGGGGCGCGCUGGAUCGCGAGGAGCAAGGAUACCCGCCGAUGGCAGCACACGCCGCAACAGCAGCUCAAGGUGUCGAGAAUGGCGUAUAUGGACAUGACCUGCGGCCGGCUGGUCCCAAGCGAGUAGAAACUACACGAAUGGAGUCUCUCAUCCCAAUCAACGACAAACUGCUCGUAUUCCGGGCCUUGACCGGUAUCGAUAGUGUCCCUGCCCUCACAGAGGCAGGACAUCUUCUCCGCAGCGCUCCCAACAUCGGCAUCUACACCCGUGUUAUUAAGAGCGAAGCCAAGGCGCAGCGAGCAUACAAAAUCUUCAAUUUCUUGAUCAAUAUAUGUCUUGGCGUGCAGGUGGUGGUCGCCGCCGCAGUUACUGCUGUCGGCGCAGCCAGCGGUCCACACUCUGCCAUCACAGCGUUCGGUGCAAUCAAUACAAUAAUGGCCGGUGUCCUGGCCUACCUCCGUGGUUCGGGGCUCCCAGACUGCCUGAAGACAUGCCAGAACAAAUGGAAGAACAUCCGCGAGUACAUUGAGCAGCGGGAACGCGAGUUCUGUCUUGUGAGCUGCGAUCUCGAUGUAGAAGAAGAGGUGUUCAUGGUGGAAAGCAUGUACCGGAGGGUCAAAUCGGAAAUGGAGUCGAAAGGCAACGAAGGAAACACAAACCAGCCUGAUGAUAUGCGCAAUCGUCGUUCGGUAUUUCCUCCCUCGCAUGAUGGGGGGUACAAAGGACCUGCCGGGGAUGCGCGUGCCGAUACAAUGCCGCAUUCUCAGCCACUGAGUGCAAGGCAACAUGCUGAGCAACCGCUCAGUCCUAUGACCGUUCCUGAGUCUGCACUCGAAAUGGAGAAACGGUAA